AGCGAACGCCGGCCAGCUCGACUGGCCGCCCCGUACCCCGGCCGCCGCCGCCGCCGCCGCACGCCGGAACCCAUCCCCGAGCCAACCUCCCCAGGCGCCGUGCCCCACCGCGCUCACUCCAGCUCCCCGACCCAGCGCGCAGCCCGAGCGGCCGGCACGCGGGCCAAAGGACGUCCGGCACCUGGGCACUUGGAGCGAUGCGCAGCGGGGCAGCUCUGGCCCCUCCAAUGGAGCUGCUGCCGCCGCCGCCCGGCGCGCCCCGCUCCUCCCGCGCCCCGUGCGCCUGAGCGCCGCGCUCGCCCCUCCUCCGCGCCAACUCCACCGCCCGCUCCCAGACCGCCCGCGCUCCCCGCGCGCCUGCUCGCGCUCCCCGCGUCCUGCCCCGCCGAGGCAGCCUCCUUUGGGAGCGGGCCCCUGCGCACCAUGGCCCCCGGGCGCUCAGGGGCCGGCGCCGCCGUGCGCGCCCGCCUGGCGCUGGCCCUGGCGCUGGCUAGCGUCCUGAGCUGGCCCCUAGCCGUCGCCUGCCCCACCAAGUGUACCUGCUCCGCCGCCAGCGUGGACUGCCACGGGCUGGGCCUCCGAGCGGUUCCCCGGGGCAUUCCCCGCAACGCCGAGCGCCUUGACCUGGACAGAAAUAAUAUCACCAGGAUUACCAAGAUGGACUUUGCUGGGCUCAAGAACCUCCGAGUUUUGCAUCUGGAAGACAACCAGGUCAGCGUCAUCGAGCGAGGCGCCUUCCAGGAUCUGAAGCAGCUGGAGCGAUUGCGUCUCAACAAGAAUAAGCUCCAGGUCCUUCCAGAAUUGCUUUUCCAGAGCACACCGAAGCUCACCAGACUAGAUCUGAGUGAAAACCAGAUCCAGGGGAUCCCGCGGAAGGCGUUCCGGGGCAUCGCUGACGUGAAGAAUCUGCAACUGGAUAACAAUCGCAUCAGCUGCAUUGAAGAUGGAGCCUUCCGAGCGCUGCGCGACCUGGAGAUCCUCACUCUCAAUAACAACAACAUUAGCCGCAUCCUGGUCACGAGCUUCAACCACAUGCCGAAGAUCCGGACUCUGCGUCUUCACUCCAACCAUUUAUACUGCGACUGCCACCUGGCCUGGCUCUCAGAUUGGCUGCGCCAGCGGCGGACGAUUGGCCAGUUCACACUCUGCAUGGCUCCUGUGCACCUGAGGGGCUUCAAUGUGGCGGAUGUGCAGAAAAAGGAGUACGUGUGUUCAGGUCCCCACUCAGAGGCCCCAUCCUGCAAUGCCAACUCUCUCUCCUGCCCUUCUGCCUGCACCUGCAGUAACAGCAUCGUGGACUGCCGAGGAAAAGGGUUGACGGAGAUCCCCGCUAAUCUGCCAGAGGGCAUCGUGGAGAUACGUCUGGAACAGAAUUCCAUCAGAUCCAUUCCCGCAGGAGCCUUCACCCAGUACAAGAAGCUGAAGCGAAUAGACAUCAGCAAGAAUCAGAUAUCGGACAUAGCUCCAGACGCCUUCCAGGGCCUGAAGUCGCUCACAUCGCUGGUACUCUACGGGAACAAGAUCACUGAGAUUGCCAAGGGACUCUUUGACGGAUUGGUGUCCCUGCAGCUGCUCCUCCUCAAUGCCAACAAGAUCAACUGCCUGCGGGUGAACACCUUCCAGGACCUGCAGAGCCUCACCCUGCUCUCCUUGUACGACAACAAGCUGCAGACCAUCAGCAAGGGGCUCUUCGCCCCUCUGCAGUCCAUCCAGACACUCCACUUAGCCCAAAACCCGUUUGUGUGCGACUGCCACUUGAAGUGGCUGGCUGACUACCUCCAGGACAACCCCAUCGAGACAAGUGGGGCCCGCUGCAGCAGCCCACGCCGGCUGGCCAACAAGCGCAUCAGCCAGAUCAAGAGCAAGAAGUUCCGCUGCUCAGGCUCCGAGGACUACCGCAGCCGGUUGAGCAGCGAGUGCUUCAUGGACCUCGUGUGCCCCGAGAAGUGCCGCUGUGAGGGCACCAUUGUGGACUGCUCCAACCAGAAGCUGGCCCGCAUCCCGAGCCACAUCCCCGAAUAUGCCACCGACCUGCGACUGAAUGACAACGAGAUAUCUGUUCUAGAGGCCACAGGCAUCUUCAAGAAGUUGCCGAACCUGCGGAAAAUAAACCUGAGCAACAACAAGAUCAAGGAGGUGCGAGAGGGGGCCUUUGAUGGGGCGGCCGGUGUGCAGGAGCUGAUGCUGACCGGGAACCAGCUGGAGGCCGUGCACGGGCGCAUGUUCCGGGGCCUCAGCGGCCUCAAGACCCUGAUGCUGAGGAGCAACAUGAUCAGCUGCGUGGGCAAUGACACCUUCGCAGGCCUGAGUUCUGUGAGGCUGCUGUCCCUCUACGACAACCGGAUCACCACCAUCACCCCUGGGGCCUUCACCACGCUCGUCUCCCUGUCCACCAUAAACCUCCUGUCCAACCCCUUCAACUGCAACUGCCACCUGGCCUGGCUCGGCAGGUGGCUGAGGAAGAGGCGGGUUGUCAGCGGGAACCCCAGGUGCCAGAAGCCCUUCUUCCUCAAGGAGAUCCCCAUCCAGGACGUGGCCCUCCAGGACUUCACCUGUGACGGUAACGACGAGAGCAGCUGCCCGCUGAGCCCGCGCUGCCCAGAGCAGUGCACCUGCCUGGAGACGGUGGUGCGCUGCAGCAACAAGGGGCUCCGUGUCCUCCCCAAAGGCAUGCCCAAGGACGUGACCGAGCUGUACCUGGAAGGAAACCACUUAACAGCUGUGCCCAGAGAGCUGUCCGCCCUCCGACACCUGACGCUUAUUGACCUGAGUAACAACAGCAUCGGCAUGCUGACCAAUUACACCUUCAGUAACAUGUCUCACCUCUCUACUCUGAUCCUGAGCUACAACCGGCUGAGGUGCAUCCCCGUCCACGCCUUCAAUGGGCUGAGGUCUCUCCGCGUGCUGACCCUCCAUGGCAACGAUAUUUCCACUGUUCCUGAAGGCUCCUUCAAUGACCUGACAUCCCUUUCCCACCUGGCACUGGGAACCAACCCACUGCACUGUGACUGCAAUCUGCGCUGGUUGUCAGAAUGGGUGAAGGCAGGGUACAAGGAACCUGGCAUUGCCCGCUGCAGCAGCCCCGAGCCCAUGGCCGACAGACUCCUGCUCACCACCCCCACCCAUCGGUUCCAGUGCAAAGGUCCAGUGGAUAUCAACAUUGCGGCCAAGUGCAAUGCCUGCCUCUCCAGCCCAUGCAAGAACAAUGGCACAUGCAGUCAGGACCCUGUGGAGCAGUACCGCUGCACCUGCCCCUACAGCUACAAGGGCAAGGACUGCACCGUGCCCAUCAACACCUGCAUCCAGAACCCCUGCCAGAACGGAGGCACCUGCCACCUGAGCGAGAGCCACAAAGAUGGGUUCAGCUGCUCCUGCCCUCUGGGCUUCGAGGGGCAGCGCUGUGAGAUCAACCCCGACGACUGUGAGGACAACGACUGCGAGAACAACGCCACCUGCGUGGACGGGGUCAACAACUACGCGUGUGUGUGCCCUCCCAACUUCACAGGUGAGCUGUGUGACGAGGUGAUUGACCAUUGUGUGCCUGAGAUGAACCUCUGUCAGCAUGAGGCCAAGUGCAUCUCCCUGGACAAAGGAUUCAGGUGUGAAUGCGUCCCUGGCUACAGCGGGAAGCUCUGUGAGACAGACAAUGACGACUGCGCGGCUCAUAAGUGUCGCCACGGAGCCCAGUGUGUGGAUGCAGUCAAUGGCUACACGUGCAUCUGCCCCCAGGGCUUCAGUGGACUCUUCUGUGAGCACCCCCCGCCCAUGGUUCUGCUGCAGACCAGCCCCUGUGACCAGUACGAGUGCCAGAACGGGGCUCAGUGCAUUGUGGUGCAGCAGGAGCCCACCUGCCGCUGUCCCCCAGGCUUUGCUGGCCCCAGAUGCGAGAAACUCAUCACUGUGAACUUCGUGGGCAAGGACUCCUACGUGGAACUGGCCUCCGCCAAGGUCCGGCCCCAGGCCAACAUCUCUCUGCAGGUGGCCACUGACAAGGACAAUGGCAUCCUUCUCUACAAGGGAGACAAUGAUCCCCUGGCGCUGGAGCUGUACCAGGGCCACGUGAGGCUGGUCUAUGACAGCCUGAGCUCCCCUCCAACCACGGUGUACAGUGUGGAGACAGUGAAUGAUGGGCAGUUUCACAGUGUGGAGCUGGUGAUGCUGAACCAGACCUUGAACCUGGUGGUGGACAAAGGAGCCCCCAAGAGCCUGGGCAAGCUCCAGAAGCAGCCUGCCGUGGGCAUCAACAGCCCCCUCUACCUUGGAGGCAUCCCCACCUCCACCGGCCUCUCGGCCUUGCGCCAGGGCGCGGACCGACCGCUGGGUGGCUUCCAUGGCUGCAUUCAUGAGGUGCGUAUCAACAAUGAGCUGCAGGACUUCAAGGCCCUCCCGCCCCAGUCCCCAGGAGUCUCACCAGGCUGCAAGUCCUGCACCGUGUGCCGGCAUGGCCUGUGCCGCUCCGUGGAGAAGGACAGUGUGGUGUGUGAAUGCCACCCAGGCUGGACCGGCCCGCUGUGUGACCAGGAAGCCCGGGACCCCUGCCUCGGUCACAGCUGCAACCAUGGAAAAUGUGUGGCCACCGGAAGCUCAUAUGUGUGCAAGUGUGCCGAGGGCUAUGGAGGAGCUUUGUGUGACCACAAGAACGACUCUGCCAAUGCCUGCUCAGCCUUCAAGUGCCACCAUGGGCAGUGCCACAUCUCAGACCAAGGGGAGCCCCACUGCCUGUGCCAGCCAGGCUUUAGUGGGGAGCACUGUGAGCGAGAGAAUCCAUGCCUGGGGGAGGUGGUCCGUGAGGCCAUCCGCCGCCAGAAAGGCUACGCGUCCUGUGCCACAGCCUCUAAGGUGCCCAUCAUGGAAUGUCACGGGGGCUGCGGGUCCCAGUGCUGCCAGCCCAUCCGCAGCAAGCGGCGGAAAUACGUCUUCCAGUGCACAGACGGCUCCUCGUUCGUGGAGGAGGUGGAGAGACACUUGGAGUGCGGCUGCCACCCGUGUUCCUGAGCCCCGCCUGCUGCCUCUCAGACUCCAGCUCGUGGGGUCAGGGACAGCCACGGGCCCCUGUAGAUUUCGGAAUGAAGGAGAGGAAGCAAAAGAAGAAGAGAAUAUUAAGUAUAUUGUAAAAUAAACAAAAAAAUAGAACUUAUUUUUAUUAUGGAAAGUGACUAUUUUCAUCUUUUAUUAUAUAAAUCUAUCACGCCGUCUGAGUAUAUGUACUAUAUCGUGAGUUAUUUUUACCGAGGUUUGUUUUGUGUUGUGUAUUUGUUGUGUUUUUAUAAACAGCUGUUUAAAAUUUUAAGAUUAAAAAAGACUAAUAAAAAUGUUUUAAACAAAAGGAUAAGAAUAAUGAAACGAGAGCCGGCCUGAGGAAGAAAGAGGAGCCUUUGUUUCCCAAGCACUCUCUGCCCUGCCCGCAGGGACAGGACCUGCUUACCUGCUCAGGAAGCGCAAGAGGAAGAGAGAGGAAGGACUGUUCUUUGUUUCUUGGUCUUAACUCUUUCUGUUCUCUUCCUAAACACACACUCAGCUUUUAACAGCCCAGGUUGUCUAUGCCCAAGAUGCCCAUCUCUUCCCAGAAAAGCUUCUGGAGGUCUGGCUGACUGCCCAUCUGCCCUGGGGGCUGCGGGGUCUGAGCCCACAGGAGACCCCUUUUCUCCUUCCUGGAUGGCCCUGGUUUCCAUUAGAGGACUGGCCAUUUGAACUUUGCCCAGCACUUAAUCUGGGCCUGUUUAGCUGAGUUUUGAAACAGCUGCUCUUACCCUGCCCUUCCUGGGUCCUCCUGGUGAGUGGAGGGAAGAGGGCAUGGCAGUCCCCCAGGCCCCCAGCACUGGCUCUUCCCCGGAGGGUCCCAGCCCAGCCUCCACCCCCAGCCAACUCCACACUGGAACGCAAUAGCAAGAGAGGAGAUGGUGAGGGCUUCCGCAAGAGGGAGGCCACAGCCAAGUCUGCCCUCAGCCCAUAGAUGUCCAGCCAACAGGCCUCUGCCACCUGUCCUUCCGGCCCUGUCAUGGGGACAAAGACCCAUUGUCUGCCUGCAGCACUUGCCAGUGCCUAUCUGGACAGCACCUCAUCUGUCAACCCUGCUCUUCAGGGAAGGUAGAGCAGUGAGCCCAUUUCAGACAAGGACACUGGGUCCUGCCCAGGCUCUGUCAACCAUCUGGCAAGUAGGGAGCCAGAGCUGGAGAGCAGCCCUGAAGCUCCAGACUCUUCUCCAGAGCAGGUAAACGGGAGGUUCAGGCAGAGUGUCCCAAGAAAGAAAAGUGGAUGCUUCCCUCCUCUUCCCUUCCAGCCCUGCUCUGCCUUGUUCAUCCCUGACUCUGUCUUCCUUUACAUAGAAGAACUCUAGAGACCUGUGUAUCUAGGAAACAGGAGCAAAGGGAGCUUGUUUGGUCUCUGUUCCUCAAGGGCCUUCCCACCCCUUCUUCCACUUCUCUCCCCUGCCCUCCCCUGCCCCCUCGCACUUCCAGUGCACGACCCCAGGGUCCCCACUGUUUGCACCAACCUCUGGCUCCUGGCUCCACCCCUCCUGCCAGGAGCUUCCUCUGCUGGAGCUUCAGAAGAGAACUUGGGACCUUCCAGCUCGAGGGCCCCAGAGGAGCCCCGCUGCUCUGUCAGCAUGAGUGGUCAGCCAGAGACUCAAGGAAUAAAGAAGAGGAAAGGAAGAAGGAGGGACACAAGGCAAGUGGGAGACAGGACGAGGGAGGGACAGAUGGAGGCAUUUACUCAAAAUAUGCACAUGUACUGUAUCCAAGGUGCUGCGCCUCGCGAUGGGCUUGCUUCCAGUGUUCACGUGUAUUUAGUGCUCACUGUGUUAGACAUCAGAUAUCAUUCUAGUUGAGAUAUAUAUAUGUAUUAUAUAUAAUACAUAUACACAUUUAAUUCUCUAAACAACCCUUUAAUAAAAACGUUAUUAACCCAUUUACCAGUUGAAUAAACUGAAACAUAGAGAAGUUCGCAAACUUGUCCAAGAGAAGAUGGUUAAUGAAUUACACAGCUAGGAUUUGAACCCAGGUUGUUAGGCUCCAGAACUUGCUCACCUAACCACGCCACUUCUUAUGAGAAAGAAUGUGUUCUGCCCUUAAAGAGCCUCUGGUCUGGGACAGAAGCAAUUCCUUUAUUGUAUGUAACAGUUCUCUAAUGGCAGUAUAAAGAGGGGGCUGUCCAGAGCAGGGAAUUUCCAGUCCUGGGUCUUAGAGGAACAAUGGUUGGCCAGGGUCAGGAAAGGGAGCUAAACUUUCCUGGGAAUGGCUUUCAAACAGCAGUGGAAUGUGGAAAGUCCUGGUGCAGGAGUGUGAGACACACUGGGGAGCAGAGAGAUGUGGGGUGGAGGGAAAGUCAGGGAUUCAACCACAAAGAGCCACACAUUCCAGGCCACAGAGAGUCAGAGGUUUUUUGGGGGAUACUAGCAAAACAGGGUCUGAAAAAGGGACAGAACUGGUGGCAAAGUAGAGAAAGGCUUGGACAAGGAAAUGAGCAUUUCUCACCAAAGUCACCUCAGGGGACCUGGUUGUUGACUUUGAGGCUAGAAAACACUAAUUUCAAGAAGGAGCCCAGAAGUCUUUAGGUAGCUCAGAAGGGGUGUCCUGGGAUCUGUCCAACACUCCUCCUACCCUCCAUGCCCCUCCAGACUUCACCACCCCUAGCUAGCCUCUCCCCAUCCAGCCCAAAGCCCACUCAGCUGCCCCUCAAGGGCCCCACCCAGGGUCGCUGAUGUUCUGGAAGGACUCAGCAGGCUACUGGCUUUCCUCUGCUUCCCCCCAGGACCCCGGCCUCCCUCUUCCAAUCAGCCCCUUCACUCAACAGAGAGCCAGAUCUGUCUCUCAGUUUGGUGUUGGUGGGGAGGGGUGGAAUUUGAGCCUCCUCCUUAAUUUAGGAAGCCCUGACUUUAAGAAAUACCAAAUGCAAGGACUAUUAAGAAAAGUCCUUCCUAAAAUGAAGAUUCUCUAACAAAUGAAGUUUUUAAACUCACUCUCCCCUUGAGCAGCCAAAUUCUAGGAGCAGAAAUCCCCAUGAGACAGGGAGAGUUCAGUCAGUUACUUUGCACCUGAAUGUACUCUUUAGGGACACUCAUGAGCAGAAGGGACUACUCAGCUCAGGAAAGGGGAGGAGAGAGUCCCUCCGGACUCAUCCAGGGGCCCUAAAAUAGCUGAUGAAAUGAUGUAUUUAAAAGCUCUGUAAAAUAUAAACUUAAAACCUUUUAUGUAAGAUGCUGUUAUUAUCACUGUUGUCAUUGUUGUUGACAAGCUGAAAGGUGCUUUGUAGAGGAAAACUUUGUCUUUUCAAACUCACUUUGUGGCUAGAAAACACCAACUUCAAGAUGGAGCCCAGAAUUCUCUGUGGUAGCUCCGAAGCUCAGCUCUGGAAGAAGGAGUGUGGUGUUUCAGAAAGAGGAAGAGAGGAGGACAGGGAGCAGAGAAGGUGACUCUCUUCGGAACCCAGGGAUAGUCAGGAUGGGGCUUGAGCCAAACUUGUCCUUCACCAGAGAUGAAGCUGUCACCAGACUGACGUAAGGCCAGGCAGUCAGCCGCUGCCUCUGUUGGAAGCAGAAGCCCAUGGCAGUAACUGACCUGACCCCCAAAGACCUACAGGACCCCAGAUACCAGAGCUGGAACCUUGGGGUUGCUGGGGAUGCGGAGACUAAGAAUCAGAAAAAAGAAAGGAGUGGAGAGACUGUGCCGCAGACCAGAGGCAGAAAGAGAGCCAGGUGUCCACAGGUGCAGGUCCCUCCUGUCACCGCAUAGUGGUAUCCAGGCAGAAGGAAGCCCAGGACGGACCCUGCAGCACAGAAGUGUCCUGCGCCUUCCCUGACCACCUCCCAGGGUGCUCCCAGAUGGUCAGGAAGCUGGGCACGGUCUGCCUUGGUGGCACCACCCAUCUCUUUUAGUGUGGCUUGAACAGUGCCAGCAGAGACACCCAGAGAAGUUGGUCAGAGGUGCCAGCUAGCAGGAGCAGGAAAAGCAGACCUGGGCCUCGGCAAAGCUGGUUUCUAACCCAGCAUAGGUUCUAAUGGGAAACCCUUUUAACCCUUCUUUAAAAUGAUGUUAUAGUGUUGCUUCUCCAUGUGGAAUAACUAAUGUGCAUUCCUUUCCCCACAGACUGUCAUUUUCUGAUGUCAUUUAAAUAAAUGGAUGAGUCACAAGAAGCUACCAGAGGCUCUCGUGAAACCAUACUCA